AUGUCCGACUCCAAGUCCCUUUCUGACUACGACAUCGAGAAGGAUCAGGCUCGCCGCACCCCUUUCGAUGUCAGCCACGUCGAGCCUGCCGGGCCCUCCAAGCCUCCUCGUGUCAGCAUCAAGCUUCCUCGCACCCAGACGCCGUCUUCCCACAUCCCCAUCGGCUUUCGCACACUAAGUAUUCAGGUGUACGAGUCACAAGGAGUCGAAGCGCUCAAGGAUCACAAGUCCAACCUCUCGGAUGCCGACUUGUUUGGCUCGCUCGACUUCCACACCGUGGAGCCUGAUGCGCUUGCCCAGCGAUUCAACGUCCAUCCUGAUUCCGGCCUCGAUGCUUCUGCCGCCAUGCGUCGUCUCGAACGCAACGGCAAAAACCUGCUCACACAGAAGAAGAGCCAAUACUGGAAGAAGCUCUUCAACUACACCUUCGGCGGCUUCUGCUCCAUCCUCUGGAUCGGUGUGAUGAUCUUCUUCAUCUCGUGGAAGCCUCUUGGCAACCCUAACCCUCAGGCUUACAAUCUCGCCCUCGCCAUCGUCGUCCUGAUCGUCAUCUUCUUCCAAGCCAUCUUCAACGCUUUCCAGGACUACUCGACUCAAAAGGUGAUGAACUCGAUUCUCCAUCUCCUUCCUGAGAAUGCAGUGGUUAUUCGUGAUGGUGAGCACCAGACUGUUUCCGCAUCUGACCUCGUCACUGGUGAUGUCUGCCUUCUCUCGACCGGCAACAAGGUGCCUGCUGAUAUGCGAAUCAUCAAGGCUUCUGCCGAUCUCAAGUUCGACCGCUCCGUCCUCACUGGUGAAGCCGAAGAGAUCCCCGGUACUGUCGAGCCUACCGAGGCUAACUUUCUCGAGACCAAAAACAUCGCUUUCCUCGGCACUCACGUUCGCAACGGUAACGCCACUGCUAUCGUCGUCCUCACCGGCCAGCGUACCGUCAUGGGUCGCAUCAACAAGCUCACCAAUGAUGACAAGGACAGGCCGACGCAGCUUCAGAAGGAGAUUUCACGUUUCGUCUACAUCAUCAUCGCUCUCACUGUCUCGCUGGUGCUCAUCAUGCUCAUCACUUGGCUCGCAUGGCUUCGACGCGACCACCCUGGUUUCCUCAGCACGGUUGGUAUCCUCACCAACCUCAUGAGUCUCGUGGUUGCCUUUAUUCCCGAAGGUAUGCCCAUUGCUGUUGCCCUUACUCUUUCGCUAAUCGCCCGCCGCAUGCGCGACGUCAAGGUCCUGCCCAAGUCGCUCUCCACUGUCGAGACGCUUGGAUGUGUCAAUGUGAUCUGCUCCGACAAGACGGGUACGCUCACCGAGAAUAAAAUGUCGGUCGCCUCGAUCGGCUUUGUCGACAAGGAGUGCACCAGGAGCGACAUCUCGACCCUUGACAAGUCCUUUGCUUUCCAGCAGCUCAAGCACGCUAUGGCUCUUUGCAACGAUGCCUUCUUCGACCCUUCCAGCGAUGCUGUCUCCUCUGCCGAGCGCAUUGUGCAAGGCAACGCGACCGAUGCUGCUGUCCUUGGUUUCUCUGCUUCGCUCCCCGGUGCCGAGCAAAUCAAGGCUGCUUACCGACGUGUCUACGACAUUCCCUUCAACUCGAAGAACAAGUUCAUGUUGACCGUUAUGCGGACCAAUGACGAGAAUGCAACCACCAACGCCGCUGACGAGAUGUACGUCAAGGGUGCUCCCGAUGUUCUUAUACCUCGUAUCACGCACUUCUACUCGGCUGUCGACGGUGAGACCAAGAUGUUCGAUCACGAUGCUCGCACUCAGCUUGUCAGCAUGCAGGAGUCUUGGGCUCGCCGAGGUGAGCGUGUCAUCCUUCUUGCCAAGCGUCAGUUCGAGGCGUCUUGCAAGCCCGGUAGAAGCGAGUAUGAAGAGGAGGUCGCCUCGGCUUGUGAGAACAAGCUUGUCGUCAUCGGUCUGCUUGGUAUCAUGGAUCCUCCUCGUUCCGACGUUCCUCACACUGUUGCAGAGUGUCGACGAUCUGGAUCUCGUUUCUUCAUGGUCACUGGUGACUUUUCUCUCACUGCCGCUGCUAUUGCUAAGAUGGUCGGUAUCUUGACUCACAAUGGUGAGCCGGACCGCAUUGCGGAUUUUGAACUCAAGCGACGCUUUGACAGGGACCCUUCCGAACUCAGCGCAAAGGCUCUCAAGAAGCUCAACGGUCCACGCAACAUGAUCGAGGCGAGCUUGCUCAUAGAAGGCAAAGAAAUCCCGGAAAUCAAGCAGGACAAGUGGGACAUAAUCUGCCGCUACCAGGAAAUUGUCUUUGCCCGUACCACACCGGAACAGAAGCUGAGGAUCGUCAACGAGCUCCGUGAUCGCGGCUGCGUCGUAGCUGUCACUGGUGACGGUGUCAACGAUGCACCUGCUCUCAAGGCUGCGGAUGUGGGUAUUGCUAUGGUGUCUGGUUCAGAUGUUGCAAUCGAGGCUGCUGACCUUGUUCUGAUGGGCGACUUUAGUUCGAUUAUCGAGGCUAUUCAACUCGGUCGAUUGGUGUUUCAGAAUUUGCAAAAGGUCAUCUCCUAUCUACUGCCAGCUGGUUCGUGGUCAGAGAACUGGCCGGUGAUUCUCAACGUCUUUUUCGGUGUUCCGCUUCCUCUCAGCUCGUUUUUGAUGAUCAUCAUCUGUUGUUUUACCGACUUGGUUUGCUGUCUCACGCUCAUCUUCGAGAAGGAAGAGUUCGAUCUUCUUUCAUUGGCACCAAGAAAUCCAAAGAGCGAUCAUUUGGUUAACAAGGCUAUCUACGCACAGAGCUAUCUCUUCAUCGGCAUCAUGGAGACUAUUACAGCCCAUUCUAUGUUCUUCCUGUACAUGUCGAGGUAUGCUAAGAUCCCCGCUAAAGAUCUGUUUUUCGCAUUUGAAAAAUUCACCAAUGGCUUCUCUGGCUACACUACCGAAGAGCUCAACAAGUUGCUUUCCACAGGCCAAUGCGUCUACUUUAUCACGCUCGUCAUCCUUCAAUGGUUCAACCUACUCUCCGUACGCAACAAACGACUUUGCAUCCUACAAUCAAAUCCAUUCCAUAAACAUCACCGCAACGCCUACCUCAUCCUCGGCCCACUGACAUCCCUAGCAAUUGCCAUCCUGGUAACAGAAACUAAAGCAAUCCAAUCACUCUUCGGCACAGCUUCCAUCCCAUUCGAAUUCUGGCUAUUCCCAAUUCCACUCGCUCUCGCCAUUCUCAUCAUGGACGAACUAAGGAAACUCAUUGUCCGAAGCAUGCCGAACAGCAUCAUUGCCAAAGUGGCAUGGUAA